AUGGCUUCCGAACGCAUAUCACCGCUUAUUCUUGAUGGUCUAUCAAAAUAUUUGUCAAUAGCCUCCCAUCGUUUCAUCGAAUAUGCUAUAUUCGCAUUCGUCGAACUCAAUUUGGCUGAUCGGUUAGUCAAUGCCGUACCCGAUCAAGGUUUGACCGUUCAGGAGAUCAUGAGCGAUGAACGCUCAAGCUGGAAUGCAGAUUUGCUUUAUCGUGUAUUACGUUCGUGUGCCGAUGGUGGUAUUGUUGAACGAAUUAAUGAUGACAAACAUUUUGUUCUCUCUCAAUCCGGUCGAAUGCUUACAUCAGAUCAUCCAUCACAUGCUCGUGAUUUUCUUCGUUGGAUAUUGGGACCACUAAACUCCAAUGCCGGUAAUCAAUUGCCUAAUCUCGUGUGUAAUGAAGGUACGGGAUCAGGAUUCACUCGCUUUACAGAUGGGUUGGAUUUAUACACAUUUCUUUGUCGAUCUGAUCAAUCAGAUCUUAUGACUAUAUUUAACGGUGCUAUGACGACUGUGUCAGCAGUCACUGGUACAAAACUAGUGAUAAAUAGUGACUUUGGUCGUUUUGCAACUCUGGUUGAUAUUGGCGGUAGUUCUGGCAUAUACUUAGCUCAAAUUCUUGAACAUUACCCAAGUAUUGAACAAGGAAUUGUAUUCGAAUUGCCAGGUGUCAUUAAUCAAGUUAAGAAUGGUGAAGAAUUCAAAUUACGUAACAUUCCUGAGAGUAGAUAUAAGUUUGUCGCUGGUGACAUGUUCGAUUCAUCGACGAUUCCACAAGGAGAUGCUUAUGUGCUCAAAACUUUUUUGCAUUGUUUUGAUAAUGAAAAAGUCAUUGCCAUUUUGUCGUCGAUCCGAAAAGCAAAUCAAAAUCGUAUUGGACAAUCAUUAGUGAGUCUCUUCAUUGUCGAAUAUAUUAUUUUCCCGGAUAGAGCCAUGAGCAACUGGCAAUCACACGCAUUCGAUAUAGCAAUGGCUUAUGCUUUUGAAGGUGCAUGUGAACGAACACAGCAAGAAUAUGAACAACUUCUUGAAACAACUGGUUUCAAACUGAAAAAAUUGUAUCCAAUUCAAGCACCACAUUCAAUCAUUGAAGCUGUAUUGAUCAAUUAA